UAAGGGCUCUGGGCUCCUGCCUUUCACUCUCACUCUCCUCUGCUCCAGCAACACCGCUCACUUGAGAGCUUCUCGCCUCGUCCCCUCGGGCCAGCUGUGGGAAGUGGCCGAAGAAAGAACUUUGUGUCUCUCUCCAGCAAUGCAUCUCCCUGUGAUUCUGUUCUGCACUCUCUGGUUUGCGGCGUUGGCGGAGACCUCGGAUGAUUAUGAACUCAUGUAUGUGAAUUUGGACAACGAAAUAGACAAUGGACUCCAUCCCACUGAGGACCCCACGCCGUGUGACUGCCGUCGGGAGCACACCGAGUGGGACAAGCUCUUCAUCAUGCUGGAGGACUCGCAGAUGAGAGAGGGCAUGCUGUUGCAGGCCACCGACGACGUCCUCCGGGGCGAGCUGCAGAGGCUGCGGGCGGAGCUGGGCCGCCUGGCCGGCAGCCUGGGGAGACCGUGCGCACCGCCGGCCCCCGCGGAGGCCCGGCUGGACCGCGCGCUGGACGAGCUGCUGCAGGCGAGUCGCGACGCGGGCCGCCGGCUGGCGCGCUUGGAGAGCGCGGGGAUGCCGCGCCCGGAGGAGGCGGGGCGCGCCCUGGGCGCCGUGCUCGAGGAGCUGCGGCGGACGCGAGCCGACCUCCGCGCUGUGCAGGGCUGGGCAGCCGGGCGCUGGCUGCCAGCAGGUUGUGAAACAGCAAUUUUAUUCCCAAUGCGUUCCAAGAAGAUUUUUGGAAGCGUGCAUCCAGUGACACCGAUGAAGCUUGAGUCCUUUAGUGCCUGCAUUUGGGUCAAAGCCACAGAUGUAUUAAACAAAACCAUCCUGUUUUCCUAUGGCACAAAGAGAAACCCAUAUGAGAUCCAGCUGUACCUCAGCUAUCAGUCCAUAGUGUUUGUGGUGGGUGGAGAGGAGAACACACUGAUUGCUAAUACUGUGAUUUCCCUGGGAAAGUGGACCCAUCUGUGCAGCACCUGGAAUUCUGAGAAAGGGCGCACAUCCUUGUGGGUAAACGGUGAGCUGAUGGCUACCACAGUCAAGAUGGCCACAGGUCACAUUGUUCCUGAGGGAGGAAUCCUGCAAAUUGGCCAAGAAAAGAACGGCUGCUGUGUGGGUGGUGGCUUUGAUGAAACACUGGCCUUUUCUGGAAGACUCACAGGCUUCAAUAUCUGGAACCGUGUUCUCAGCAAUGAAGAGAUAAGAGAGACCAGCAGAGCAGAAUCUUGUCACAUCCGGGGAAAUGUUGUUGGGUGGGGGGUCACAGAGAUUCAGCCACAUGGAGGUGCUCAGUAUGUCUCGUAA